AUGUUCUCCAAGUGCAUCACCUCCGUUCUCCUUAUCUCCUUCGUGAUGAUUGGAUCAUCUACUCAGCAAGUGGUUGUUCCAGCCUAUUCAGCUGCAGCCUAUGCAUAUGCCUAUCCAUCUGUAUAUUCUCCAUAUCUUACUGCUGCUGCUUAUCCAUCUGUUUGGGCAUGGGGAUCCAAUAAGAAUAAGGAUCAAUCUGGAGCUUCUCCAGCUGCUUUCGCCAGACCUGCUAGUCUUCUCAACAACCAGAAACCGACUAGUGCUUGA